AUGGCCGUUCAAGUAAUGUCAGAUCUGCAUUUGGAGACACCCAAAGCUUACGAUGUCUUCACAAUCACUCCAAAAGCACCCUACCUGGCACUCCUAGGCGAUAUCGGCAACAUCCAACACGACAAGGACGACUAUCUUGCCUUCUUGACCCUGCAGCUCAAGCAGUUCCGCGCCGUGCUUCUCGUCCCGGGCAACCAUGAAGCGUAUCAUUCCAACUGGCCUGCCACUCUCGAUGCUCUCCGGGACUUUGAACAAAACGUACGCAAAGACGCAACGCUCGGAGAGUUUGUGCUGCUCGAACGCACAAUUUUCCGGCCGCCAGACUCGAACACUGCCAUUCUAGGCUGCAGCCUGUUUUCGUUUAUCCCGGCUACACAUGAAAUGGCAGUUAGUCACGGCCUCAACGACUUUUUCCACACCCAUGACUGGGAUAUCGCCAUGCACAACGAGGCACAUAGACGGGACCUUGCCUGGCUCAAUGCGAGAGUUGAAGAGCUUGGACAAUCAAACGCGAAGAUCAUGAUCUUUUCGCACUGGAGCCCGUCGCUGGAUGUUCGUGCGAUCGACCCAAGGCAUGCUGCGAGUCCGAUUACGUCCGCUUUUUCUACGGAACUUUGCCGAGAGCCGUGCUUUCAGAGUGACAAAGUGGCCCUUUGGGCCUUUGGUCAUACACACUUCAAUUGCGACUUCACAGUUGAGCGGGCGAGUCAUCCCGCAGGCCCGUUGCGGCUCCUUGCAAAUCAGCGAGGAUAUUAUUUUGCUCAGGCAAAUGGUUUUGACGUGGAGAAGACCGUCGAGAUUUGA